AUGAGAUUUUCUCAUUUUUUGAAAUAUAAUGCAGUACCAGAAUGGCAAAAUCAUUAUGUUGAUUAUAAUGAAUUGAAAAAUUUAAUUUACACUUUACAAACUGAUGAAUUAGGUCUAAAUAAUAAUGAUGAUCAAGAUGAUCUUAAUUCUAAUAUAGAUGGUAAUUCAAAUGAUUUAAAUUUAGCUGCUAGAUUAAAAAGAAAAUUAUUCUCUUCAAAGAAUAAUACUCCUAUUUCCAGCCCUUCAAGUAUUGUAGGAUCUCCACGUGAUCCUUUUAAGGAUGAUUUAGAAGGUAAUUAUAACAAUACUAAUAGUGGCAAGAAAGAUGAUAUGAUACAGGAGGAAACUAUUGAGUUACAAGAUUUUAAAAGUUUACCACCACCUGCUACUAACAGUAAUAAUCAAAGAAAUGAAAAUUCACGUUUAAAAAAAUUAUCACCUUUUAAGAAAGUUGUUAAUAAUAAAUUUUUUGAUUCUUCAAGAAGAUCAAGUGAUUCAAGUGAUGAUAAGACACUUUUCAAUACUUAUGAUUCAUUUUAUAAUAAUUUAACUCAAGAAAAAUUAAAAAUUGAUGAUUUUUAUAAAAGAACUGAAGCUAAAUUUUUUCAAAGAUUUGAUACUUUAAUUACUGAUCUUGAAAAAGAAAAAAUUUCUUCUUCAACUCGUUCUUCAACAAUGGAUUUACAAGAAUUGAAUAGUAAUUCAAAUAGUACUAAUAAUAAAACUCAACAAUUUGGUAAUGAAGAAGAAGAUGAUGAAGAAGAAGAAGAUUUCGAAGAUGAAUUUGGUAAUACUCAAGAAGAGACAGCUUUAUUACAUUAUAGAGAAUUUGAUAUUAAGUCUCAAAAAAAAUCAAUCUUAAAGAAAAAUAUUGUUAACCUUUAUAUUGAUUUAUCUCAACUUAAAGCAUUUAUUGAAUUAAACAAAAUGGGAUUUAGUAAGAUUACUAAGAAAGCUGAUAAAGUCUUAAAAUUUAAUAUGAGAGCAGAAUUAAUCCAAACUGGUGAUUUUUACAGUGAUACUUAUAUCUUUCAAAAGAAUACAUUCACUACUUUAUCAAAUAAAAUUAAUCAAUUGAUUGAAUUUUAUUCAAAGAUUACCUCGUUGAAUAAUGAUCAAUUAGCUAAACAAGAAUUAAAAUCAUUCUUACAUGAUCAUAUUGUUUGGGAAAGAAGUAAUACAUGGAAAGAUAUGUUAGGUUUAUUAUCUCAAGAAAAUACUUUAAACCAGGAUUUAGAUGCUCAAGAUCCAAAUGCUGCAGUAUUAGGUAAAUUACAACUUGAAUACUUUAAAAUUCCUUUCCCAACUUCAAUGUAUAAUGAAAGAUUUUUCCCAUUUGAAAAUUUAUUUAUCCCAAAAUUGUUUUUCACUUGGAAAGCUGCUAAGAUUGCUUUUGUUAUUUUAUUUACAGGUAUUUUACUAGGGGUAAAAACAUUUAAUGAUCACGUUGAGGGUCGUUGUAUGGCUUUAGUUGAAUGUGUUGCUUUGCUUUGGGCAUUUGAAGCUCUUCCUUUACAUAUCACUGCUAUGCUUGUUCCAUUACUUGUUGUAUUAUUUAGAGUAUUGAAAGAUACAGAUGGUAGUGUCCUUGGGGCUGCCGCUGCAUCAUCUAAAAUUUUAGCAUCUAUGUGGACUUCUACAAUUAUCAUUUUAUUGGCAGGUUUCACAUUAGGUGAAGUAUUAGCACAAUAUAAUAUCGCAAGAGUCAUUGCAUCAUGGUUAUUAGCAGCUGCAGGUACAAAACCUAGAAACGUUCUUUUAAUGGCCAUGGGUGUUGUUUUUUUCUUAUCCAUGUGGAUUUCUAAUGUUGCGGCACCUGUGCUGACUUACUCAUUGCUAAGUCCUCUACUAGACCCAUUGGAUGCCGAUGUUCCAUUCGCUAAGGCUUUAGUUCUUGGGGUUGCUAUUGGUGCAAAUAUCGGUGGUAUGUCGUCACCAAUUUCAUCUCCUCAAAAUAUUAUCUCUAUGGAAUAUUUGAAACCUUAUGGUAUCAAUUGGGGGCAAUUUUUUGCAGUUGCCUUACCGGCUGGUAUUUUGGCAACAUUGCUUUGUUGGGGUAUUUUGUGUGCAACUUUCAAGAUCAAUUUAACAAAAUUAGAGAAGUUUAAGCCAAUUAGAACUAAAUUUACCUUGAAACAAUGGUUUAUCUGUGCCGUGACAGUAGCCACAAUUAUCUUAUGGUGUGUUGAAGCACAAAUAGAAAGUGCUUUUGGUUCUUCUGGUCAAAUUGCUAUUAUUCCAAUUGUUGUAUUUUUCGGUUCAGGUUUACUAUCCACAAAAGACUUUAAUACAUUCCCUUGGUCAAUUGUUAUUCUGGCCAUGGGUGGUACAGCAUUGGGGUCGGCUGUUUCAUCUUCAGGUCUAUUGGCUACAAUCGCUAAAGCUUUACAGAGAAGAAUUGAACAUGAUACCACAAUGGCUGUUCUAUGUAUCUUUGGUGCUUUAAUGUUGGUUGUCGGUACCUUUGUUUCACAUACUGUCUCUGCUAUUAUUAUUAUUCCGUUGGUCAAGGAGGUUGGUGACGAACUUGGUGAUCCAAAGGCUGCUCCAAUCCUUGUAUUUGGCUGUGCAUUACUUGCAUCCGCAGGUAUGGGUCUUGCCUCAUCCGGUUUCCCUAACGUCACUGCUAUCUCAAUGAACGAUAAAAAUAAUAAACCAUAUUUAAAUAUGGCUACAUUCAUUUCAAGAGGUGUACCUUGCUCCAUUGUGGUGUUCUUAUGUGUCAUCACAUUAGGUUAUGGUAUCAUGAGUUCCAUUUUACAUGGUGUUGCCUCUGCAUAA